AUGGCUGAGGGGAGUUAUCAGCAAGUGGCUUGGCACAAAGCCGAGACGAAGACGGACACAAUGGCCCUGGAGGAUCCAGUGAGAGAAAUCACGAGGUUUGACCGGGAUAGAUCAAAAAAUCAGAAAAAAAUUUUUAAUUGGAAAAAGUGCGGUCAUGAAUGAGUUGAUGAAGUUUUUGGACCAAAAAAAGUUAAAAAAAUGAAGAAAAUUUGGAAAAAUUUGGGUCAUAGGAAAGUUGGAUCACUUGGCUAAAUGCCAAAAGAGGAGUUACGGAAAAUUUUUGCGACUCGGCUGUGCGACUCGGCUAAGUUGAUAUCAUCGUGCAUGUAGCAAGAGAACAGUUACAAGAAAAUUUUUGAAGGUUUAAAGUCGAGAUAAAUUUUGUGUGACUCGGCUAUGCGACCCGGCUAAAAUUAGGACAUCUUUUUGCGAUUCGGCUAACUUCUCCAGGCAUAAUUUCGCAACAUUUCUUAAUAACUUUUUGUCUUUUUCAGGUCAAAUUUCACAAAAUUCGACUUUAUCACAUUUCCUAGCCGAGUCACGUAGCCGAGUCUCAGGAAAAAGUGCAAAAAAUUUUGCGCGCGCGGCAGAUCAAAAAAGGGGCGUGGUCAGGCGCGGAACGGUCCGCGUGUGACGUCACACGCGUUGUCUGCUGCAGAGUCGAAGGCAAAAGCUGAGCAAACCCAUAAACAUUUUUUUCCUUUCCCUUUUUUCUCUUCUUUUUUUUCUCGAGCAAUACAAUAGAAGGACCGUCGUUGGCAUACACAUACACAUGGGCAUAAAAAUCUUUUUUUUGUGAGAGUGGUGGACCAUUGGAAAAAGAAAAAGAAAAAAGGCGCAGCAAUAAAAAGAGACUAUCGUCGUCUGGGUCUCCUGCUCUUUUGUGCCCCGCGGCGAUUCUCUUUUCCGGCGUGGGCACAAAAACGAAAUAAUAUGAAAGGAUGGCGAGAAAAAAAAGAAGUGGGAAAUGGAGAUUCAUGGGAUUUCUUUUCGUCUUUUUUUGGAGCUAGGAGGUCCUCAAGAGCUUUUGGAGACUAAAAAAGGAAGAAAAAAGGGAAAAUUAUGGGGAAAUCGGAUAGAGAAAGAGUAUCAAAGCUAUAAUAAAAACACAAAGAAAUUUCAAAAGAGGUUCAAAAUAAAAAUUAGAAUGAAAUUGAACGAAUAAAUGAUUAGGUUGAAGAAAUUAGAAGAUUUUAAAGGAAAAUUGAAAAGUCUAGACUUCAAAACAGGAUGAAAUUCCAUUGAAAAAUCUAUAUAUGCUUCAAAAAUAACAGCUUUGACCCUCAAAAAAGCCUCUCAAAGCUAAAAAAAAACGUAAGUGCAAUCUAAAUUCCACAAAUCUCUCAACGAAGGUCAAAGCGAACGGCCAAAAAAUCAGAAAAAAAAGAAUCGAUAAAAACUGGGCAAGUCGGAAAAGUUGAAAAAAGGUUGAAGGUGUGUGGUAAACAGGGGUGGACGGUGCGGCAGUAAUUGGCGAUUUUUGUGAGGGCCACAUCGAGAGAAGAAAAUGGAGAAGAACAUGGCAACAAAAUAGGAAGACGAGAGAGAGAUAGGAGCGGUCAUGUGCUGCCGUGUUUCAGUUAGCCGGUCGAAACAUACUUCGACAACACCAAAAAACAGGCUCCCAAGGUUGCGACCGACGUUGGUCAACUGUUGGACCCGGCGAUAGCAUCUAUUGCUCAGGUUAGUGGUUACUCGGAAAAUUCCGAGGGGGUCUUACUUGGGAAAAGAGGCUUUUAGGAAAAUCGUUCCAUUAUGAUGUCAGUUUGGUCAACCAGCUGUUACUGAUAACAUAGGAAAAAAUUAAAUUUGCUCAGGGUCUCGAAAAAAAAAAAAACCAAAAAUGGUUCACUCAAGUAGAAAACUUCAUCCUUCAUAAUAUUCCAAAAAUGGCCUUCAAAAUUUUUUUCAGGAACCUCCACCUAACAUGUUAGGUCCGUUAAAUAAUUUGAUCAAGCCUCAAAACAUUUUUUUUACUGCUAAAAGUUAAAAAGUGUUUCUUUGAAAGCUUUCUCAAACUCUCAAAGAGACUGGAGAGGUCGACAAAAAAAUCAAAAAAAUAUAGUUUUUUUGAAUCAGAAAAAUAAGUGAUGAAAAAUUAGGAAAUUUGAAUUUUUUUCGAACUUUUUUUAUAAUUCUGGUUCUGAAGCCCUACUCAAGUUUUUUUCAAAAAAAGCUAGCAAAAUAAAUAUUACAUGACUUUAUGGCCGUCAAAAAAAUGAGCAAUCAGAAAAAAAUUAUAUCAAAAAAACUUUUUCAAGCAUUAACCAAUGACUGAUCAGAGGGAAAAAGUAAGGGGGAUAUGGUUCUUAUCAAAAAAAAAAUCAUAGAAAGAUCCAAGCCGAAAAAUCUCCAACUUAAGAUCAAUUAACAACGCAAAAAACUUCCAACUUGUUUCAAAAGGAAGAAAAAAACAAGAAUAAGGACCAGAGAACAAAGAUUGAAUUAAUAAUUGAUCAGAAGUCUUCGGCCAACGAAUAAAGAAGAAUGACGUGAAAUAAGAAAAAAAUAACAGAAAGGUCGAGGUUUGUGUGACCCGACGUGAAAAAUCUCGUGAGGCCUACGGCGCCACGGACGCCAGCAAGUCCGAGUGGGCGUGGCCUCGGAACGGUAUGUGAGUUUACUUUGGGUGGCGGGCCUGAGCCAACGGCCGACCGCCCGACUCCGCCCCUUUUCCACGCCGAUGAAGGAUGCCACGUCGGUCGGGGCCGUGCACCCGCGGAACGACCGUCGACGUCUCUUCCGCCGACGCGGAGCAAACACAGACAUUUGCCCGGAAAACGACAACACAAACAGAGGCGCGUGUGUGUUGCGCAACGGAUUGACCGGAAUGCCGUGGGGGCAAGUCUGGCCGGCUGGAUUCCCCUGAGACAGGACGUGUUCCGCAGACCGUUCCGAUGGAGCCAAAAGUUCAAAAGUGUUCUCUGCUUCAGAUAUGAUUGGUCGGGAUGA